AUGCAGAGGUGUGCUGGUUUCCUGUUUCUGUCUUUAAUCCUUUGUGCUGCUCUGUCUGAAACAUUGGGACUGGCUUUCUCCACAAAAGAAAAAAGGGGCUGGACUUUGAAUAGUGCUGGUUAUCUACUUGGGCCACGUCCUAUUGAUCAGCUUUUACUGAUAAAGGAAAUGUCCAUUGCAAGGGGGAGAGAAGAGGUACCAGGGGCAUAUGCGGUAGAUAACCACAGAUCUUUUAAUGACAAACAUGGUUUCACUGGUAAACGUGAAAUACAGCCUGAUGAGGAUAUUAAAGCAGGGGAUCUUGGAGGACCACUGGCCGAUGAAAACAUUGUGCGCACAGUAAUUGAAUUUUUGACUUACUUGCAUCUUAAAGAGGUGGGAGCCCUUGACAAACUACCUUCACCAGAGGAAACAAACCAGUCUUGA